AUGUACAGCCCAGAUGUGUCUCCCACCUCCGCCUUCCUCGUAGGACUCAUGUGCUUGACAGCUUUCAGCAACUUUGCAAAGACUUCUGCAGACUUCUCAGGUUAUAUAUCACAAGUACUAAAGAAUUACACUGACCAUGCCUGUGAUGGAGAGUAUGUCUCCCUGAGAUGUCCUCACAGAACCACCAUCAGCAUCCAAUCUUCUUUUUAUGGCCGAAUUGUACCAAGUCAUCAGAUGUGUCCUUCUCGCUAUCCCCACUCCUAUGCAACUUUAAUUAAAGAAGACGUUGCCUGUUCAGUUGGCACUUCCCUUCAGAAGAUGCUGGAUGAGUGCCAGGACAGGCGGAGCUGCCAGUUUCUGGUCAAUAGCAGGCUGUUCGGCGCAGAUCCGUGCCCUGGAACCGGCAAGUACCUCAUCGUCUGGUACAAGUGCAGGCCAAAUGAAUACAAGAGCAAAGUAGCCUGUGAAGAUGACAAGCUAAGGCUAAGCUGUAAGAAGAGCAUGGUGAUAGCCGUUUACUCUGCUGUCUUCGGAAGGACACAAGGAGGCAGCCUGGAGUGCCCAUACCAAAACUUGGGGUUGCCCAUGAUUGAGUGUCAAUCGGCUACUGCUCUCCAACUCAUGAUCAAGCGCUGUCACGGGAAAAGAAGCUGCAGUAUAUAUGCGAGCACCUAUGAAUUUGGAGAUCCCUGUUACCCAGGCAUCCGAAAGCAUCUUAAUGUCAUCUACACCUGUGUUCCCAAGAAGCUUCUGCAUGAAACCCAGCCAAGACCAACCAGCUACCAAGGAUUUCAGAAACCACAUUUUCCACUUCUGCCAAGAGCGUUUGAUCCCAAUGUUAUAAGAGACGGCGUGUUCCUUUCUGAUGUCUCUCCUUCCAACAUAGGGCGAGCUCUCUCAGCAGAGAAGAAGAAAGGGAGAUCAGCCACCUUCUACCCUCUAGAUAACCCCCCCUCGCUGCUUCCUGUGGAUGAGACACAACCGCCGGCACUCAACAGCAGCAUGGAGCCCAUGGGCGUUAGCACAGAGAUGGCACUGCUCAGCAACAUCCUGGCAGCCUACGCCUUUAUCACAGAAAACCCCGAGCGGGCUGCUUUGUAUUUUGUCUCCGGGGUAUGCAUUGGACUCGUCUUGACCUUGUUGGCCCUAGUGCUGAAGGUGUCCUGCCGAACGGAUUGCAAACGCUCCUCUGUCAAAAAACCCCCUCGGGAGCGAGAGAGUGACAGUGACAGCAGCGACAGCGAUGCCGAUUCGGACACCACUUCGGACCUGUCGGCCCGUAGGCACCGCAGGUUCGAGAGGACUCUGAACAUGAACGUCUUCACUUCGGCGGAGGAGCUAGAGAGAGCGCAGCGGCUGGAGGAGCGGGAGCGCAUUAUCCGGGAGAUCUGGAUGAACGGCCAACCCGAUAUCCCGGGCACCAGGAGCCUCAACCGCUACUACUAAUCUGUGGGGAGUCCAACUGUCCUAUCCUGCACCCUGGGGCUCCUCCACAUGUGACAGAGGAGAGAGAGAGGAGUACUAUGUGGAUAUCUCCUCUUUUCCUUUCAGGUGUGCUACCUGGAGCAGUGUAGAUGGACAGCAAUAAAGCUUUCCCCCCCUCCUUCUCCCUGACAUAUCCCUAUCACAUCUCUUCACACAUACUUUCUGUUUGCAACAGAACUGGUUGCCAACGUCAUUUCUUAGUAGCAGGCAAGAAGAAUCCUCCUGAGUGGGACAUAGAGUUUGGCAUGCCAUGGUACGAGUGCUCCUCUCCUGGCUGGGGAGAGAAGCCGUCCAGGUUCUGGUGUUCCUUUAGGAUUUUUUGGUUUCCCUUUCCUGAGGACUGUGGGAGAAUUGUGAACAAAACGACAAAUCUGGAAAGAUGAUUUGGGAAGGGAGGGGGAGGAACAUCCUGACAGAUUGUCUUGUGACUUCAGAAGCCACGAGAUUAACCGAAUUAAAACCCAACGGCAAAUAUGAGAUGUUAAGAACUGGGGGAAUGUCAGGUAGGGGGAUUCUUCCAUUGUGAAAUCAUCUCGGUGCUUGGAGGUUUGCCAUAGUGUGUUCAGUUAUUUAUGUCUGUCUUUUCAUCUUCAUUUUCAAUGGGAAUACUCUUUUUGUUUUUUUUUUUACUGACACCUCAGGGAUAAAAUCCUAUUUUUUUGAGUCUGUUCUCUCUGCUGGCCCUUGUCAAACACAACCCAACCCACCCCCAACAGUGAAAUAUAAGAGAUGUGUCAGUGACUAGUGGGAAGUUAACAACCUCAAAGAGGUUGAUAAAGGGUUUUCUUUUUGUUUUGUUGUAUAUAUAUAUGUAUAUAUAUAUAUAUAUAUAUUUGAAGAUGCUGCACAGGAAUGUGCCUUAAUCUUUUUUUUUUUUUCUGUUAAACUACAGUUUUCCUAUGGAUAGCAAUGCACAAUGUUUUAUAUAUUUUAUUAAAAAAAUAAGAAUUAAAAAAAUCUAUGUUUACCAGAGCAAAAUGGAGACAGAAGAAGCCACAUAUGACAACAGAAUGGGCAAUAAAUGCUAAAUAAACUCUGGUUUGCUUCAA